UAGCAAAGUUGGUCACCAUAUGGUAACACUGAUAAAAAUAAAACAUAUAAACUCCAAUUACAUCUCCUCUGGCCGAGCGCUAUAAAAACACAUUUACACUUGCCAAUUCUGAAGAUCCGAAUAUCCAGGGGCGACUGGUAAAUACAGCUUGACCGCCGGUGGAUGUUGACAAAUCAGAGGAGUUGGAGUUAAAAGUCCAAGGAAACAGACCGCAACCCACUUGCCAAACUGAGCCUAGCAGAGGAGGAAGAGCCGCCAUGAAUGCCCUGCGGCAGUUCUACCUAGAGAUCCCUGUGGUCACACGGGCGUAUACCACGGUCUGCGUUCUGACUACUCUAGCGGUCCACCUGGACCUAGUGUCACCGCUGCAGCUCUACUUCAAUCCCACGCUGAUUGUGCGCAAGUUCCAGAUCUGGCGCCUGGCCACCACAUUCCUGUACUUUGGAACCAUUGGAAUUAGUUUCUUUUUCAAUAUGGUGUUUACAUAUCGCUAUUGCCGCAUGCUAGAAGACGGCUCUUUCCGCGGACGUAGCUCUGACUUUGUCAUGAUGUUUAUCUUUGGCGGAGUGCUGAUGACCUUCUUCGGGAUCUUUGUUAACCUGUUGUUCCUGGGCCAGGCAUUCACGCUGAUGCUGGUCUAUGUGUGGUCACGCCGCAAUCCACUGGUGCCCAUGAAUUUCUUCGGCGUGCUUAAUUUUCAGGCACCCUACCUGCCGUGGGUGCUUCUCUGCUGCUCCAUGAUCCUGGGGAACACUGUGUGGUUGGAUGUCAUUGGCAUGGGUGUUGGCCACAUAUACUACGUGCUGGAGGAUGUUUAUCCCACACUCUCCAAUGGUUAUAGACUGAUUAAAACCCCCUACUUUCUGAAACGUCUUUUUAAUGAGCACAUCGAGCGCAACUACCAAGCAUCAGCCGAGGAUCGUCCCGGCGGCUUUCCCUGGGGCGGCGAAGGCCAGCCACUGCUGCCGGAGGAGAAUGUGAAUGCAGCUGGCGGUCAGGAACAACAGCUUGCGGAUCCAGCGCAUCCGCCUGCAGCGGCGCCGCAAUAACAAAUCUAGAAAACUUACUUGUUAAAACGUUCUUCUGUUCAAAACGACGACGACGACGAUGACAGCAAUGUUGUGUACCCCUCCGCCACCUUCCGUUUGGUGAUUGGUGUAAUUAGGCGUAAAGUAUUGAGAGAUAGGCGUGCAAUAGUUAGCCAAAGUUGGUGCAGAGCGUGUGUGUAUGUCAUUUAUUGGUUUGUUUUCUGAUGCAGAACCCAAUUUCCACGCGAGAUGUUCUUAAAAUUUUAAAUUUACCCCAAGGGAUGCAUUCACGACAGAUUGAACCUAUACUGCACAUGUGAUUAUAUAUACAAAACAUGCUACAAAUAAACCAUGAUGUAAAAAGCC